GGCUGCUCAGACCAACUUCUCUUCUCUCCUACAAAAAAAAAAAAUUCUUCUCUCUUUGACAUAAAAAAAAAUAACUCAUUUUGAGUCUCCUCUCUUCAUCUUCAACACCAAUGGAUUACGAGGUAUCAAGAACUGGUGAGAUCGUAGAAGAUUCAGAGCAGAUUGAUUUGCUACCUGGCUUCAGAUUUCACCCAACCGAUGAAGAACUCAUAAGCCACUACCUUAGACCGAAGGUUCUAAACACCCUCUUCUCCACUUUAGCCAUUGGUGAAGUUGAUCUCAACAAGGUUGAGCCUUGGGACUUGCCAUGGAAGGCUAAGAUUGGUGAAAAGGAGUGGUACUUCUUCUGUGUAAGAGAUCGGAAAUACCCGACCGGUUUAAGGACGAACCGGGCUACUAAGGCCGGGUAUUGGAAAGCUACAGGGAAAGACAAAGAGAUCUUCAAAGAAAAAUCUCUUGUUGGUAUGAAGAAAACAUUGGUUUUCUACGAAGGAAGAGCUCCUAGAGGAGUAAAAACCAAUUGGGUCAUGCAUGAGUAUCGCUUAGAAGGCAUGUAUGCAAACGACAAUCUCCCUGUAACCGCUAAGAACGAGUGGGUUAUUAGUAGAGUUUUUCAGAAAGGAGCAGACGGUAAGAAAAUGCAUCUCUACGGCUUAACGAUGCUCGGUUCAGGGAUUAACCAAGUCGAACCGGCUGGUUUACCUCCCCUGAUGGACUCUUCUCCGUACCCUAAGAGCGAAUCGUUGUCUCGCGUAACCUGCUUCUCCGACCAAACAACCGUUGAGGACAAGAGUCACAUCUCCGAGUUAAAAGACGAGUGUAACGUUACCAUGCUCGGUUCUUCAUCGACUCAGCUGAUACCGAACAUUGGUUCUCUGCUACACUCUGAUCCUCUGUUUAUGCAAGAUAAUUCUUCAAUAUUGAAUAUGUUGCUUGACAGUGAAGAAACCCAGUUUAAGAAUAUCAUCCAGGGUUUGGGCACAGGUGAAAACGAAUUAACCACGAGUUCUUGGCACGGCCACGGUCUUGCUGGUUCGACCGGUUCGGUUGAGGUCGAUUGCUAUUGGAAUUUCUGAACGUGGAGACCGGAACUGGUCGAAAAUUGGGGUGUAUAUGGGGAAAACAAACAAUUAGGAGGUAUUUUAUUUUAGGGUUUAUAUGUGUUAUGUGUUUGCUCUAGAAUCUAGACUCUAGGACUAUAGGAUAUACAAAGAUAUUGAAAGACUCUUGUAACAUUUUGUAAAAAAGGAUCAGCUUGUGAAAAUCGAUUCUCUUACCA